GGAGGGGGACGCGUGCAACUGUUUUCGAUAAUCGGCCGCGCGUUCCGUACGUGAAAAGCGGACAGUAUCCCGCCAGUCACGUCCGCGUAAAAACGGAUAUAUGCCCAGAAUAUUUAUUAAGUGGGUGGCUGUGCGUGACUUUUCCCUUGUGAAUAGCUAGCCCCUUAAAUGAUCACCCACGAAAAUAGUACGGGCGAUUGUUUGCUAACUGAAAACGUCACCAACAGCCUGAAACAUCAAAAUUCCGCCCAAACUGCCGGGAGCCGCAACUCUCAGUGACAUAUCAAACUCUCACUCCUACAGACUUGCAGUGAGCACUGGUCAAAAACAGAAGCCUCCAAAAAUAAAAAUAAACAAUCAGGCUGAAAAAGUGUCGUGUUUGGGUUAAAAUUUGGAACAAUGGAACUUUAUUAAAAUCGGACUUAUGAACUUUGUGUGACUAUUGAACGCAAUGAGGAGUGAUAUCUCGCGAGAACUCUGCAGUGGCGUUGUGAGGUUGGACUAGAUCGCUGGUAGAGACAAACGUGUAAGUGAGAAUGUUGCCGUACCAGGCAGUGGCAAUGGACUACGCAGUGGCUUCUGGUUUCCACCAUCACCAGCGGCCGGGCGGGCUCCCCGGAGUGAUGGGGCUGCCUGGCCCUGGGCCCGGGCUCAAUCCCGGCCUGAACCCGGCCUUCACCCAUUCCUGGUUCGUACAGACAAGCCCGGAUAUCUGUCGGCAGCAACAAGCAUCCAACCAAUCGCAUCUCGAACCUGGCAUUCUCGAGCUCCGAAAGGAGAAGAGUCGAGACGCGGCUCGCUCCAGACGAGGCAAGGAGAACUAUGAGUUCUACGAGCUGGCGAAGAUGCUGCCGCUGCCUGCAGCCAUCACCAGCCAGCUGGACAAGGCGUCCAUCAUAAGGCUGACCAUUAGCUACCUCAAACUCCGGGACUUCUCCGGGCACGGCGACCCGCCAUGGAGCCGCGACCCACCGCCCACCAGCAAAGCGUUGAAAGGUGCACAGAACCGACGGACAUCUGCUGGGCUGGCUAUGGAGCUAUUUGAACAGCAUCAGGGCACACACAUUCUUCAGAGCCUGGAUGGAUUUGCGUUAUCAGUAGCUGCCGAUGGAAGGUUUCUCUACAUAUCUGAAACUGUUUCUAUCUACUUAGGAUUAUCACAAGUUGAGAUGACCGGCAGCAGUAUAUUCGACUACGUGCACCAGGCAGACCACGCUGAAAUAGCAGAGCAAUUAGGGCUGUCAUUAGCAGGAAGAUCAGGAGGCGCAGGACUCAACAGUCCAGCGUCAGGCAGUGAGGAAGGAAGCCAACAUGGCACCAAUAAUCCUGACGUGUCGGCACAAAUGAGUCUUGCAGCCAGUGGUUCACUGUAUCGAGGCAUGGAUCGGGCCUUCUGCAUCAGAAUGAAAAGCACCCUCACCAAGCGAGGCUGUCACUUCAAAUCCUCCGGAUAUAGGGUUGUCUUGAUGUUGUGCCGGCUGCGGCCGCAAUACACAUUUUCUCACAGCCGCAAGUCUCCACCAGCCCUGCUUGGCAUGGUGGCGUUGGCAAUAGCGCUGCCGCCUCCCUCAGUCCACGAGAUCCGACUCGAGUCAGACAUGUUCGUCACACGGAUCAACUUCGAUUUCCGCAUCGCUCAUUGCGAGCCCAGUAGGGUAUCGGAGCUUCUUGGGUACACGGCGGAUGAACUCACCGGCAAGAACCUCUACGCUCUCUGCCACGGCGAAGACGCCAACAAGCUUAGGAAAUGUCACGUAGAUUUAAUGAACAAAGGGCAAGUGUUGACUCACUACUACAGAGUGAUGAACAAGCUGGGUGGCUACACGUGGAUGCAGACGUGCGCCACCGUUGUCUGCUCCUCCAAGAACGCUGAGGAGCAGAACAUUAUUUGCGUUAACUACGUCAUCAGUGGUCGCGAAUAUCCGAACACGGUGAUGGACUGCUGUCAAUUAGAAGAAAGCGUGCAAGGAGUGAAGCGAGAAGAAAAUACCGGAGACCCCGAGAACGGUCCACCAGACGCGGAUACGUCCGGUGGACCUCCCCCGCCUUCUCGACAUCCGACGGAAAGAACUGAAGCUCAGGCUAAUUCGGACUCGGCUUCCGCAGCACCGGUCCCAACCUCAGACGUUACUCACCUCACUAGACUGAACGACACCCAACCACUACCUCUUCACACCAACCCUGAAAGAACCUCACCUAUGCCCGCCAGAAGACUAAAGAAACGGAAGCACACCACAGAUUGCGAUGAUGAAGAACGAGAUGAAGACAGGCGAAAGUCGUCAUCAAACCCUGGAGCUGCUAUUUCCCCUGCUGAACGAGACAUGACCAAAACCAAUUUAGCGAUACCCGAAGGAUCAACGGACGCCACUUCAGUAAGAGAUCUGGAAAAUGCUAUGUCCAAACAUUUGCCUUCAGUAACUUUAGAUGGUAAGGAAAUUUCACAUCGGCCUACCGAUUUUUCAACAGACGCAUUGCUAAAACAACAGCAACAGAAGUCCACGAUCCAAUGGAUAGGAACACAAAAUCAUCACCUGAACCAUUUGAACAGACAAAUUCCUGGCAACCACACGUCGACACCAGCAUCAGCUUUGUUAAGGCAAUUGUAUGCAAAUCGGGAAAGUGUAAUUCGAAGCAAUUUUUUGGGCGAUGGUAGAACUGGAGGUUACUACUCUAGUGACGGUCAAUCAGGUCCACUGCCUACUCCACCAGGCAGCGAAGGGUCAGGUUAUGGUGAACAAUUAGCUCACAAGGGUACUGAUAUAGGUUCUUUAGCUUACGGUGGUUAUGCUGAUUAUCAUUCGGCUAUGACACCUCCCGGGUCGGUGUCGCCUAGAGACAAACAGCAAUAUGCUCUAUCAUACGAUAACAGUGCCUAUUCGGAGGCUCUGAGGCAUUCUUACUUAGGUGAAGCGCCAUUGCCGCUGAAACCACAAGCUUAUUCCGCUGUGCCUGGUGCUUUGGACUAUGCAUCUUCUUUAGAUCAGUCACAGUUCUUCCAUCCUCCAUCGUCGUUUCAUUUAUAUCACCCUCAAGCGCACCCGACGCAUGCGACUCAUGCUCAUCAGCCUGUUGAUAAGUCGGCUCCACCAAACACUAACUGGUAUUCAGCUGGUUCAUAACCAAGUAGCUCUUAUGCGCGGUAGCGUGCUGAGUCUGGGAUUUACAAUAAAUCACUUUUGGCGGUUGCAAUAAAAUGUUUGUUCAAUAAUUUGUUUCAUUAUUGGGUUUACGAAAACUCUGUUGUUAAGUUUAGUAUUUUUGUUAUCGUUGAACAAACGUUAAACCGAUGUGACAUUCCAUUUUUGGAUUUGACUUAAGUUAGUCACAAUCACGUAGAUGUUGUAAAUAAUACAAGAUAUUCUGUUUUCUUUAAAGAAAAACCUAGUUAUUGGGAAUUGUAUACGGACAAAGACUUCAAAAUUAUUGACCGGUACAUAAGUAUACCGAGUUUGACUAUUACAAAUACUCAGUCAACAUUACGAUAAUGACAACUCUUGAAGCUUUUAAUUAUAAUUAUUUUUGGAAAAAUUAUAAUUAUAGCUAUUUCUUUAAGUUUAAUAUACAUUUGUGCCAAAUACUUGGUGCUUGUGGCACUGGAUCGAUGCAUUUGCAGUUAGCUUAUUCAAUGACCAUUGAGUAAUAGAAGUACGCUUCAAUUUCACGAGGAUAAUGUAAUAAUAAUGAAUAAAUUGUAAGGGUGUCAUUGUCAGAAGCUUCUCCUUAACAAGAUUAGGGUUGUCUUUUCGAAUCAAUAAUAUACAUUGAGCAUCAAAGUUAGAAAGGCUAGAAGAAGUUAUAAGUUAUAGGCAAUAAGAUUUAGUUAAUAACUUUGAUUCUGAAGACACCCGUGGGCUAUACCUAUAACUAUAGCUUAUUGCAUAUCAUUUAAAAGUAAGCUUUUGUAAAUUAUUGUACCAUAGUUAGUACGUCACGACUGUAUCUAGGCGGUAACAUUACUUUAACGCUGUACAUUCUAGAUAUAAGUUCUGACAUCAUUUCAAUUUUUACAUUUUCAUCUUUUCUAGGUAAGUUGAUUAAAAACCUCGUGGUAAAUAAAAUACACUUAUAUAUAAAAUAAACUGUCUCUAGACGUCCCACUGCUGGGCACAGUUCCUCCUGUCGUUUUCGUACGUUUUAUGUUAUGAGGGACUUUACAGGCUACGUUUCCCAAAAAUGUUAUAGAUGGCGUCGGGUACAUAAUUAUUCAAAAAUACAAUGUAAUGGUAGAAGCAUGUAUAAAAAUAUUUGUUGUUUGAUAUUUGGAUCACAUUAUUUAUAGAAUUACGUUGCUCUUUAUUUUGAUCAGAAUAAUACUGGGCCAUUAUUUAUAUCUAAAAACAAUGAUAAAAGAUGCAUAUGUCUGCUAUCCAUGAAAUUAGAAGUGUAAACGAAGAAAAUAAAUUACAGCGCCAGCUUAUACUGUUUUUGGGGAAAGUAGCCUGGAAAUUUCUCAUUAUCACAAACAAAAAUUUUCAAAACAAAAUUAACAUAGCACAGCACACAUUUUACUAAAAAACUUUGAAAUGUUGUCUUUUGAAAUAAUUUUAUUAGUGGACGUAAGAACCCCUUGUAAAUAUGCGUAUCAUGUAAUAAAUUACUUUUUUUAUUAUUUUAAUAAUGCUCAACUUUUAGGUGCUAACCUAAGUAUGUUGCACUCAUUUUGUUGGUACACUGUUUAUAUUAUUUCGAGUGUGUAUUUCCGAGUCUUCUUAUUUAAAACUCGACCUCAACAGUAAUGACAAUACAUUUGUCUCGUUAACUUCAUAGUGCCAAUUCGUAAGGUACGGCAAAUUAUUUCUCGAGAACAUUCCAGUAUAAUAAGAAACAUUUACAAAUUUUUAUUCUUUCAUGACAAUUGUGUUUAACUUUCGGUAAAAUACUCAAAUGAACAGACUUGUAUAAUAUAUUUGUUUUAAACCAAAUUUCAUUUCUUAUUUUUAUAUAAAAAUAUUUAAAAUAAGAUGAUUAGGUAGAUAUUAUUACAGUAAUUGGUAAAACAUAUUUAUGCUAUUUUAACUGUGCAAUACGAGUGGAAAAUGUUGUUCAUUUCGAUUUUUAAAGGCUUCGUUAAUGUAUCGUAAUUUAAGAUAAUUAUCAUUAAAAUUGUAGUACAGUUGUAAUUAUUAUUAAAAUGGGAAUAGGCUUGUAAUGCAAUUAUCUGUUAUUACGUUAUAAAUUUGUUUUUUUUUUUUUAUCUAAAGACUUUUCUCCAUAUUUUUACUUUAACUGCUAUAAAAUGAACGAAACCGUACUUAAGCAAA